AGUAAUGAGGAGAAGGGAUCCGUCGCCCCGCUGAUACCAGGACGUCUGGGAUGCACUAACACCCGUUUGUUUUCUGCUGGGAUCAUAUUUGUAUAUAUCUAAGGGAAACAAACAAUACAUUGCGGAUUUGGCAAAUCCAUCAAUCGGAUGCAAGCAGAGCCAGGCCCAACUUAACAAUGGGCCCCAUACCGCUGUGUGUCCUGCUCCCGGUGUUGGUACUGGCUGUGGUGGUGGCUGUAACUGCUGAGGAGAACGCAAUCGAUGAUGAGUAUACCUGGCCACAGUGGAAGGUGCCUCUGGUAAGGAAAAGACGUACUGUGCAUCUCAGCAGCCCCAACUUCUCAGCCCAUCCACAACCAGAGCUGAGUGGGACCUGUGGGAUCGAGUGUCAGCGUCGCCUCCCUACACCUUCUCUGGAUGACCUGGAGCAGUUCCUUUCCUACGAGACGGUCUAUGAGAAUGGUACACGCACGUAUACCUCAGUUUCUGUGCAAGGUCUCAAUGAGGUGACAGUCUGGACCAGUAAUGCCUCAUCUAGCCCCCGCCACAAACGGGAAGUGUACGGCACAGACACCCGCUUCACUAUCGCUGAUAAGCAGUUCUCUACCAAAUAUCCCUUCUCCACUACUGUAAAGAUCUCCACAGGAUGUUCUGGGGUUCUGGUGUCACCUAAACAUGUGCUGACGGCUGCCCACUGCAUCCAUGAUGGCAAGGAUUAUCUAGAUGGAGCACAGAAGCUACGUGUUGGCAUACUGAAGGAGAAGUCCAGACGAGGGAAAGGAGGCAAAGGGAGAGGAGGGCGAGGAAAGGGCAAAAGGAGAAAAGGAGACAAAGGUAAAGAGGAAGAUGAGGAAAAGGAAGAGAAUGAUGGGAAAGGGGACCGUAAAGGGAAAGGGAAAGGUAGGAAGAGCCGGAAUCGGCGAAGUGCGGAAUCAGAGAAACCUUCAUUCAGGUGGACCAGGGUCAAAAAGACCCAGAUUCCUAAGGGUUGGUUCAAAGGUGUGUCUGACGGACUGGCUGCAGAUUAUGACUAUGCUGUUCUGGAGUUGAAGAAAGCCCCAAAAGUCAAGCACAUGGAUCUGGGUGUUAUCCCCUCAGUGAAGAAACUCCCUGCUGGGAGGAUCCACUUCUCUGGCUUUGAUGAUGACCGGCCUGGAAACCUGGUCUACCGGUUCUGCUCUGUGUCUGAGGAAUCCAAUGAUUUACUUUAUCAGUUCUGCGAUGCCAAACCAGGGUCCAGUGGCUCUGGGGUCUACAUCCGCCUCAAAGAGCCUGGCAAGAAGAAGUGGAAGAGGAAGAUCAUUGGGGUUUUCUCUGGUCACCAGUGGGUGGAUGUAAAUGGGGAUGGGAUGCAACAGGAUUACAAUGUGGCAGUGAGGAUAACACCCCUCAAAUACGCUCAGAUCUGCUAUUGGGUCCACGGGGACUCAAGUGAGUGCAAGGUAGCCUAAGAAAACACAGGAUCCACGUUUAACCACCACCCCACUCCUAUCCCUCAGAAAACCUCUAUACAAGGGACACCUUACCUAUUCUCACCCCCUAACCUCCUAUUACCAGGGGCCCGUCGACUGCCUCUCCUCUUCCUGCCUUCCUGUUACCUCCUGUGCGUCCCAGCAACUCUUCCACUGAUCUAU